AUGGUCAAGAAACGCAAGGCGCCAAAGCGCGCUCUUGGGGAAGAGACAGAUCCUGAGCUGGACUCCCGCGAGUCCCGCAAAAAGAUCAGAACAUUCGAAGAUGUCGCAGACUCAGAUGAUGAGUUCCAUCGAAAUCAAGACGAGAUUCGACUCGGCGAGGAACCAGAGGCAAAGCGACGACGCAAACGGGCAGAGCAAGAGGAGUUCCUCCAGCCUUCCGACGACGAGGUUCUUGGCUAUUCGGAAGAUGAAGACCAGUCAGACGAUGAAGACGACGGAGAGCGGACCGUUCGAAAUCGAGUUCAGGCAGAAGACUCCGACGAGGCCGAUGGAGAGCGCGAGAGGGCUGACGAGGAGGAGGAUGCGGUCGGAUGGGGCACAUCUAAAGCCGAUUUGUACGGCGUGGAUGAGAUCGAGACAGAAGAACAGGCUCUGGAGGAAGAGGCAGAGGCCCGCAGACUACAGAAGAAGCAGCUCGAGUCGAUGAACACUACAGAUUAUGGCUUCGACGAGGACGACUGGCAGCAAGGCGAGUUGAAGCCCGAUGCCGUGCAGGGAGGAGACGCUGUUGUUACAGAGGUGCUGCCACAACUGCAAAUUGCUCCAGAUCUUGGACCGGCGGAACGAUUGAAGCUCCUGAAAUCACGCUACCCUGAAUUCGAGCCCCUAAGCAAGGACUUUCUGUCUCUUCAAGAGAGAUAUGCUUCUUUACAGACCGUGUCCGGCUCUUCUCCAUCAGUCCAGAUCAAGCUACGAGCACUUGCAGCCUACAUUGGAGCUUUGGCCAUGUACUUCUCCCUCCUUACGUCUACAGCCUCCAAAGACGGUCAAGUUGCAACAGCAAUGUCUGCGGCCCAAAUACGUGACCAUCCUGUUAUGGACAGUCUUGUCAAGUGCCGUGAACUUUGGACGAAUGUGCAGCAACUUCCUGAGGAGUUGGCUCCGGAAACAGACGAUGAAUCCGACGCAGAGGUUGCUGACAGAUCGCCGCAAGCCGACGUGGAGGAAGAUCUGCGUAAUACACAGACGAAGCAGACACGUGCAGAGCGUCACGCCGAAGCCGUGAGGGCGGCGGCCGCAGAGAGAAAGGCCGAACGUAUGAAGCGAACCGAAGCCGAAUUUGCAGAUCUGGAUGCUCUGCUCUCGCAGCCUGUUAGGAAGACGUCUAAGUCGCGAGGUGCAACUGCAACGCGCGCCGGAGACGAUGAUUCUGAUUUGGGCGAGGAAGCGCCGCUCACAGCUCAAGAGGCCGCGGACAAGGCCAAUCGAAAGAAGAGCCUCCGUUUCUACACUUCGCAGAUAGCGCAGAAGGCCAACAAGCGCAGCACGGCCGGACGCAAUGCUGGGGGCGACGACGAUAUUCCAUACCGAGAGCGUUUGAGGGAUCGUCAAGCCCGCCUCAACGCCGAGGCCGAGAAGCGCGGAAAAGGGCGAGCAGACAUCGGCGCCGAGCUGGGUGGUGACAGCGACGAGGAAGACCGUCGACAAGCCCAACAAAUCCGUGCAGAUGCGGAUGAAGAUGAUUACUACGACUUAGUCGCGGCGCGUGCUGCCAAAAAGAAGGGGGGCAAGGCAUCAUUUGCAGAAGCCCAAAGGCAGGCCGCUCUGCAAGGCGGUCAAGUGAUACAAGAGGAAAGCGUUGGAGCGGACGGGAAGCGCAAGAUCUCAUACGCCAUUGAGAAGAACAAGGGCCUGACGCCUCAUCGCAAGAAGGAUGUCCGCAAUCCUCGCGUGAAGAAGAGGAAGAAGUAUGACGAGAAGAAGAAGAAACUGGCAUCGAUGAAACCGGUGUACAAAGGCGGCGAGGGUCGGGGAGGAUAUGGCGGAGAGCUUACAGGUAUCAAGAAGAGGCUCGUCAAGAGUACGAAGUUGUAG